AUGGUAAUCUCUAUCGCCUCUAACCUUUCCUCCGUAUCCUUCUCCAUUCUUGCUAAUCGUGCCCAAUUUGGGAUCCGGCAGGUUGUACUUGAUAGCAGGGUGCUCCCGUCUCUGCACCGACUUCUUUUCAACGAAUACAGAGAAAGAAUCUUUAGAGAAAUUUGUUGUAUAAUUACAAAUAUCACUGAUGGGACUCCAUCUCAAUUACAGGCUGUUGUUGAUGCUGACGUUGUUCCUUUUAUGGUUAAUCUUCUUCAUAUUGCCGACCUUGAGGUGAAGAUGUUAGUAGUGAGGGUGAUUGGCAAUGUGUCUGCCAAAGGAACUAAAGAGAAUGCUAUGUACCUGGCUAAUCGAGGUUGCAUUACGAGACUACGUGAACUCUCGGCUAAUCCAGACCCAAAUCUUGUGUUAAUGUGUUUGGAGGGGCUGGAAAACUUUUUGAAGAUGGGAGAANAUGGCCAGAGUAAAAAGAAUGAUUUUGUUGCCAAGAUAAAGGAAGGUGGCACACUUAAUGAGAUGAUUGGUUUGAUGGAUAUCAUGUUCAUUCACCAGCCAACGUGA